CUAUACCUAGGUACCUACCUACAACUAUACCUAUUCUUAUCCACAUAUGGCGAACAAAAAUAAAUUUCUAUUUUGGCUCGCCAACAUGAGAAGAACUUACCAGAUCCUACCAGAAGUUUCUUCAAGUGUAAUAUAAAAGCGCUGCCAGUCCAUCAGCUAAUCUAAAGUGAAGUGAUUUAUUGAAAUAAACAACAAAAACAUGGGAGUACACAACGACGAGGCAGAAACUUACAAGAACAAGGGCAAUGAAGCUUUCAAGGAGAAUAAGUACGAUGAGGCUAUCGCAUUAUACACGAAGGCAGUUAAUCUUGCUGAGAAAGAUAGUCGGAAUUUGGCUACAUACUUGAAAAACCGUGCCGCGGCGUACCUCAAGACCAACGAAUACGAUAAGGUUAUAAAAGAUUGUGAUGAAGCUCUAAAAGUGAUUCCCGAAGAUCCCAAGGCAUUAUUUCGUCGUGCUCAAGCAUUGGAAAGUCUGCAGCGAUAUGAGGAAGCUUACAGAGAUGCUAAAACCAUUUUCACAGUGGAACCUACGAACAAGGCUGUGCAACCUGUGCUGUCGCGAUUGCACGCGAUUGUCCAAGAGCGCGCCAGGCAGAGUGCGCAGACCAGCAGUAAGGUAGAGCAGAUGUUCAAGCUGGCCUUCGAUCUUGGCGAAGAUAAAGAAAAACGAGAAAAGGCCAUGGCUAACUUGUUAGUAUUGGCAAAGGAGAAUAGCGGCGCCGAUGUUAUGAUUAAAAAUGGGGUCGUACAUAAAAUACAACAGUUAUUGAAAGUAGAGAAAAAUUUGGACAUUUAUUGCAAUGCAGUAAGGGUCAUCAGCCAGUUGUGCAAGAGAAACAUUGAGAGAACUAGAAGUAUUAUAAAAAUAGUGGGCAUCCCAUGGUUCCUCGAAGUUAUUGACAGUGAUCAUGAAGAAAGAGUGAAUGCAGCACAAUACUGUCUCCAAAUUAUACUAAACACUUUUUCAGGGAUGGACACAAAAAAAGAUAGUAAACCAGACCCUAAACUAUGUGAAGAAAACAAAAGUGAAAUUGAUGUCCUCCUCACUUGUUUAACUUAUUCUAUCACUAAUGCAGUAAUAUCUGGACAAGCCAGGGAUGCUAUCAUGGAGUUAAUUAUGAGAAACUGCCAUUAUAAUGCUAUUAAUUGGGCUGAAAGGUUUGUGGAAAUAAAAGGCUUACAAAGACUUCUUGAAGUGUGCAGUGAAUUGGAAGAAUACAAGUAUGAAUCCGCUAUGAAUAUUACUGUGUCAUCAAGAACAAUAGCUGCGGCAUGCCUUGCCAGAAUUUAUGAAAACAUGUAUUAUGAUCAAGCUAGAGAGCGCUUCAAUGAUCAGGUGGAUGAUUUUGUAAAGGGAAAAUUGAUAACUCCGGAUCUGGAAUCUAAGGUGCGAGUAACAGUGGCUAUUACUUCUUUACUGCGUGGGCCCCUGGAUGUUGGAAACUAUGUUAUAUCUAAAGAGGGCAUUUUGGAGAUGAUCCUAGUGAUGGCUCAAACAGAGGAUCCCCUGCAACAGAAGGUGUCUUGUGAAUGCAUAAUAGCUGCUGCAUCUAAAAAGGAUAAAGCCAGGUCAAUCAUCAACAAAGGUGUAGAUAUUCUAAAAAAGUUAUAUCAGUGCAAGAAUGAUGCAGUAAGAGUCAGAGCUCUGGUUGGACUUUGUAAGAUUGGUAGUUUUGGUGGAGAUGAUGCAUCUAUACGGCCAUUUGCUGAUGGAUCUACUAAAAAGUUAGCAGAAGCUUGUAGGAAAUUCUUGGUGAAUCCAGCGAAAGACAAUGACACCAGAAAAUGGGCAGCAGAAGGACUUUCUUAUUUAACUCUUGAUGCAGAUGUCAAGGAGGCAUUAGUUGAUGACAGAGCAGCCAUUCAGUCCCUUAUUGAACUUGCUAGAACAGGAGACCAGUCAUGUCUUUAUGGUGUUGUAACAACACUGGUCAAUCUGUGCAAUGCUUAUGAAAAGCAAGAAGUCUUGCCUGAAAUGUUGGAGUUAGCAAAAUUUGCUAAACACCACAUUCCAGAACAGCAUGAAUUGGAUGACCCUGACUUUAUCAACAAAAGGUUAACUAUACUAGCCAAAGCCGGCGUGACAUCAGGUUUAGUGGCAUUGUCUAAAACUGAAAGUCACAACUCCAGAGAACUCAUUGCCAGAGUUUACAAUGCUAUUUGCGGAUUGCAAGAUUUAAGAGGAAUUGUGGUGCAACAAGGAGGAGCGAAAGUGCUGAUUCCCAUGGCAUUGGAGGGUACUGAUAAGGGCAAGAAACAAGCUGCUCAAGCUCUGGCUAGAAUUGGCAUUACAAUCAAUCCAGAAGUUGCUUUCCCUGGACAGAGAAAUUUGGAAGUUGUCAGGCCAUUAAUAGCACUGUUACAUCCUGACUGCAGUGCAUUGGAAAACUUUGAAGCUUUGAUGGCUCUCUGUAAUUUGGCAGGAAUGAAUGAGACAACAAGGCAGAGGAUAUUAAAGGAGGGUGGACUGUCUAAAAUUGAACAUUACUUGUAUGAAGACCAUACAAUGCUAAUAAGAGCAGCAACACAAUGUAUAUGCAAUUUGGUACAGUCUGAUGAUGUCAUAAAAACUUAUGAGUCUAAUAAUGACAAAACUAAAUACUUAUAUCUUUUGUGUCAAGAGGAAGAUGUUGAUACUGUGAAAGCUGCUGCUGGAGCUUUAUGUAUCUUGACAUCUGUCAGCAAAGCUUGUUGUAGAAAACUAUUGGAUGUCCAGCCUUGGUUGGAAACUCUUAGGUGUUUACUUGCCAACCCAGACAAAGAAAUCCAGUACAGGGGAUCUUACAUGCUGUACAAUAUAAUAAGUGGUGACAAAGACAUUGCUUUUAAGAUAUUUGAAACUGAUGUUAUGGAGAUAUUAAUGGCUCUAACGAAACUUGAGGAGGCUGAGCAAGCUAGAACCAAAGAGUUGGCCCAAAAGUGCUUGGAUGCUGCAGAAAAAAUGGGUGUCAUAAGGAAGCCUGAUGAAACUGCCAUGAUUGAUCCUUUUGCUGAAGUCCCUAAUGAAGAAGAAGACUAACUUUUUAAUUUGUUAAGUAUUUGUGUUAAAAAUUUCAUAUGUCAUGUACUUAAUUUAAAAUGUAUGUUUAUUAAUGUUAUGAUUGUAUGCCUAAUGUUAUGAAUAGAUUUUUUAUUAAAAUAAAUUUUAUUAUAUACUUAUUUAA